UGGGAAUUUCUGGAAAGCUAAUGCUGCAGACAAACCCAAAGUAAAACCUACAAAAGCUAUCUGGGCGCAGAGCAUGGUGCACAAAACUAUGAUGGCAGGAACUUCAAGAACUCUCCUUUCUGUCUCUCUUCUUUCCUCAACCAAACAUUUCACACGCAACCCAUUCAUCAAACUCCCUGAACCCUCUAGGGCUUCACCAGGGUUUAAGCUUUUUUGUACUGCCCCAUCCCUAGUCCCCACAAUCUCUGAAUCAGCUGACGAUUUGAAACAGUCCAUGCUACUUGAAAGGCUCAGAAUAAGACAUCUUAAGGAUUCUGCUAAGACCCAUUCUUCAUCAUCACCCUCUAGGCCUCGAGAAAACCUGGCUGUUUUGGUUAAAGAGAGUGGAGAUAAGGGGAGGAAGAAGAAGAAAGUUGUGGUGGAUAGUUUUGAGGAGUUGGGUUUGAGUGAAGAAGUGAUGGGUGCUGUUAGAGAAAUGGGGAUUGAAGUUCCUACUGAGAUUCAGUGUAUUGGGAUUCCUUCCGUUUUGGAAGAGAAGAAUGUGGUUUUGGGUUCUCAUACUGGCUCUGGCAAGACUCUUGCUUACAUGUUGCCACUUGUUCAGUUGCUGAGGCGGGAUGAGGCAAUGUUAGGUAUGCUAACAAAGCCCAGGCGUCCUCGAGCCAUUGUUCUAUGCCCCACAAGGGAGCUAUCUGAGCAGGUUUUUCGUGUGGCAAAAUCUAUCAGCCAUCACGCAAGAUUUAGGUCUACUAUGGUCAGUGGCGGAGGCCGGCUAAGACCACAAGAGGAUUCUUUGAAUAACCCAGUUGACAUGGUAGUUGGGACCCCUGGCAGGGUCCUUCAACAUAUUGACGACAGGAACAUGGUUUAUGGUGACAUCAAAUACUUGGUUUUGGACGAGGCAGACACUAUGUUUGACCGUGGCUUUGGUCCUGACAUUCACAAGUUUCUUGGUCCACUAAAAAACCGUGCUUUGAAACCCAAUGGUCAAGGAUUUCAAACUAUUUUAGUUACUGCUACGAUGACUAAGGCUGUGCAGAAACUGAUUGAUGAGGAAUUUCAAGGAAUUGAGCAUCUACGAACGUCAUCGCUGCACAAGAAAGUAGCAUCUGCUCGGCAUGAUUUCAUCAAACUUUCAGGUUCUGAAAACAAGCUGGAAGCAUUGCUGCAGGUUCUCGAGCCUAGUUUAGCCAAGGGGAACAGAGUGAUGGUGUUCUGUAAUACAUUGAACUCUAGCCGUGCUGUAGAUCAUUUUCUUGGCGAAAAUCAGAUAUCUACUGUCAAUUACCAUGGCGAGGUGCCUGCAGAACAGAGGGUUGAAAACCUGAACAAGUUCAAGAGCAAUGAUGGAGAUUGUCCCACAUUGGUUUGCACCGACUUGGCAGCUAGAGGACUGGACUUGGAUGUUAAUCAUGUCAUCAUGUUUGACUUUCCCUUAAACUCUAUUGACUACCUUCAUCGCACUGGAAGAACUGCACGAAUGGGUGCCAAGGGGAAAGUAACAAGUUUGGUGGCUAAAAAGGACUUCUUGUUGGCUGAAAGGAUCGAGGAAGCAAUAAGAAAGAACGAGAGUUUGGAAUCUCUUACAGUUGAUAAUAUCCGAAGGGAUACUGCAAGGGUUCGGAUUACUGAGCAGAAGGGGAAGAGUGUUAAGCUAAUUAAGGUGUCAAAUCAGAAAAACAAGGCUAAAGAUGUGUCUGUGAACACAUCCGGGGGGAAAUCUACAACUGCAGUAAAAUCACGCACUCCAGCCAAACCUUUGAAGAAAGUGUCGGUAAAAUCUCACAGUCCAGCCAAACCUUCAAAGAAAAUGGUCGGGAUCUCAAAAAGCUCGAAGGCUGCAAAAACAUCUGCAGUAGGAAAGAAGAAGAGCACUAGCACGAAUUCUAUGGGGAAAAAACUGAAGGGUUGGUUUUAGGGGACAAGCUUCCUCGAGCAAGGGAGAAUCAUUUAGGCCUAGUUGAUUGUGGUCAAAUUUCAGGUUUCUGCAAAUGGCUUUUAACAUGUAAGAAUCAUUAAUAUAAAAAAAGGAACUUACAUUA